AUGGCGCACAGGGGUUUGCUGCCAUUUGGUCGGCUCGUCAAGGAGUCAUCCCCACUCUCUGGCAGCUUCCGGACCAUCUUUAGCCCUCGACCACUCAGCCUACGUUCUCAGAACUUGCCAACAAAGCUCAAUGUCAGACAUGCGUCCAGCACCCGUGAGACGUCGGCCACUUCUCGCCUGGUGAACUUCUUCUACGGUACAACACUGAUAUUCGGACUUGGCAUAGUCUACUUUUACGUCACUGACACGCGUGCGAGCGUCCACAAGUGGAUUGCCAUACCUGUUCUGCGAUAUGUCUACCCAGACCCCGAGGAAGCUCACCAUGCUGGCAACAGGGCCCUUAAAGCUCUUUGGGACAUUGGUCUGCACCCACGUGAGCGAGGGGAUCCCGAUGCCGCCCAGGAUUUAGCUGUUGAAGUGCUCGGCCACACACUUCGCAACCCUAUUGCCACGUCGGCAGGAAUCGACAAAGGUGCAGAUAUUCCCGAUCCGCUGUUAGCCAUAGGACCUGCCAUUAUCGAAGUGGGAGGUGCAACUCCUCAACCUCAGCCGGGCAACGACAAGCCCCGUGUGUUCAGGCUGACGUCCCAGAAUGCUAUGAUCAACCGUUAUGGUCUCAACUCGGAAGGCGCUGAUCAUGUUGCCAUGCGGCUCAGGCAACGCGUGAGAGAAUUUGCUCAUUCUUUAGGUCUUGGUCACGAUGCUGCAGCAGAAAAGGCAGUUCUGGACGGCGCUGCAGGCGUUCCACCUGGCAGCUUGACCGCAGGAAAGUUGCUUGCAGUCAACAUUGCCAAGAACAAGUCGACUCCUGGGGAUGAUGUUCAAGCUGUAACAGACGAUUACGUUUACUGCGUCAAUCGUCUGGCGCCCUACGCGGAUAUACUCGUAGUCAACGUCUCCAGCCCCAACACCCCCGGAUUGCGCACUCUGCAACAGUCAGACACUCUAAAGCGCAUAUUGACCGGAGUUGUGCACGCAGCAAAUUCCGUUGACAGGAAGUCAAAGCCAGCUGUCAUGGUCAAAGUGAGUCCAGAUGAAGAUACGGAUGCGCAAAUUGCCGGCAUUUGUGCAGCCGUCUGGGCAUCAGGCGUGGACGGAAUCAUUGUCGGCAAUACAACUAACCAACGACCAAAACCGCUGCCAUACCUGCGUGACUACUCGCCAGUUGAAGAACAGCACCUCUUGGAACACGGCGGAUUUUCCGGCCCUCAUCUUUUCAACCGAACAGUGGCGUUGGUCAAGCGGUACAAGGCUCUCCUGGAGGAGCAGCCGGAGGACAUUGACGGACCUCAGCGCUCAAGAAGCGCUCUUGAGGUGGAAGCUGAGAAACUACGCGCCUCUAUCAAUCAGAGCGAGGAGACAAAGCUGCAAGAGCCUCCGAUACCUGGAACCGUAGUUGAAACCCCUAAGGACUCCACAGUGCAAGAGGAGACACAGAAAGCUAAGGCAGAGCUCGAACAGCAGAACACGUCGGAACGGGAUCGGCUUCAGUCAAUUCUAGAUGUUCUCGACAGGCUUCCAGCUAAGGACACGUUUGAACAAACAACCAAGCCCAAAGCCAUCUUUGCCACAGGCGGCAUCACCAACGGACAGCAGGCUGCUGAGGUACUUGAUGCUGGCGCCGAUGUGGCUAUGGUAUACACUGCCUUAGUCUACGGCGGUGUUGGUACGAUCUCACGUAUCAAAGACGAAUUAAGAGCAACAAAAAGGACCUGA